UAAAUUCAAUUGAACCUACAUAAAGGUCUCCUUUUAUAAAGGAAACAGAGAAGCGAGGGAACUUUGCCGCCAUUUUUCCCUUUCUUCGAGAUUCUCUCUAAAACCCUAAAUACCCAAAUCUCUUUCUUCCUCACUCCGCUUGUUUGAUGUUAACGAUUCGAUCAUCGAAUUACUUCCGAUGCAUAUCUUCUCUCUACACUAAAACCCUAAACCCCAAAUUCUCCUCCGCCUCACUCUCCUUUACCCGCCGAGCUCCCCACUCACCCUUCACCUCGCGCCGCCACAGAGCCAUGUCUUCUUCACGCCCCUCCGCAUUCGACGCCCUCAUGUCGAACGCUCGCGCAUCCGCCGCCAAGAAGAAGACCCCCCAAGCCUCCAACCCGCCUCGCUCGCCGAACAAGAGGAAAAUCGAAAAAACCCAAGACGCCGAUUUGGUCAAGACUGAAACUUCUGAUUCCGCGAAACCCGGAUCGGAUUCACCUUCAAUUGCGGAGGAUUCGAAGAAGGGUGCGAAAAAGUCUAGGUCUUUGACCCAGGCGGACAAGAUCGAGGAAAUGAAGAGCAAAAUCGCGUUGCUGAAGAAGAAGCCUGGGGAUUUCGAUCCGGAGAGAGUGUCGUGUUGGGAGAAAGGGGAGAGAGUUCCGUUUCUGUUUAUCGCGUUGGCGUUUGAUCUGAUCUCAGCUGAAAGUGGGCGGAUUGUGAUUACUGACAUUCUCUGUAACAUGUUGAGAACUGUUAUUGCUACUACUCCUGAUGAUUUGGUUGCUACUGUUUACCUUGCGGCGAACGAGAUUGCUCCUGCGCACGAAGGUGUUGAGUUGGGGAUUGGUGAAGGUUCAAUUAUCAAGGCAAUCUCUGAAGCUUUUGGUAGAACUGAGUCUGAGGUUAAGAAGCUUAACACGGAGCUUGGAGACUUGGGGCUUGUAGCAAAAGGAAGCCGUUCGUCUCAAACUAUGAUGUUCAAGCCAGAGUCAUUGACCGUUGUCAAGGUUUUCAACACAUUUCGACAAAUUGCUAAGGAAAGUGGAAAAGAUAGUACAGAAAAGAAGAAGGAUCGGAUGAAGGCUCUCCUUGUGGCAGCAACGGACUGUGAACCUCUUUACUUAACUCGUUUACUUCAGGCAAAAUUGCGGUUAGGGUUCUCAAACCAGACGGUCUUAGCUGCCUUGGGACAAGCAGCUGUAUAUAAUGAAGAGCACUCUAAGCCACCCCCUAAUACCAAGUCUCCUUUAGAAGAGGCUGCGAAGAUUGUGAAACAAGUAUUCACUGUGCUUCCUGUCUAUGACAUUAUUGUCCCCGCUCUUUUAUCUGGUGGUGUGUGGAAUCUUCCUAAAACUUGUAACUUUACACUCGGUGUUCCAAUCGGACCAAUGCUUGCAAAACCAACAAAAGGUGUAGGUGAGAUACUGAAUAAAUUCCAAGACACCGUCUUCACAUGCGAGUACAAGUAUGAUGGAGAACGUGCACAGGUACAUUGUAUGGAGGAUGGUACAUUCGAGAUAUAUAGUCGAAAUGCCGAAAGAAACACUGGGAAGUACCCUGAUGUUGCUCUUGCGUUGUCAAGAUUAAAGAAGCCUUCUGUGAAAUCUUUUAUUAUGGAUUGCGAGGUUGUUGCUUUCGACAGGGAGAAAAAGAAAAUUCUUCCAUUUCAGAUAUUGAGCACUCGAGCCCGUAAAAAUGUGAAUGUUAACGAUAUCAAAGUUGGCGUAUGCAUCUUUGCCUUUGACAUGUUAUAUCUUAAUGGCCAGCAACUUAUCCAGGAGAAUCUUAAUAUUCGCCGAGAGAAGCUAUACGAAUCAUUUGAGGAAGAUCCUGGAUAUUUCCAGUUUGCAACAACUCUAACAUCCAACGAUAUUGAUGAAAUACAAAAGUUUCUUGAUGCGUCCGUUGAUAUUGGCUGUGAAGGGUUGAUCAUUAAAACAUUGAAUUCAGAUGCUACCUAUGAGCCUGCAAAGCGAUCAAAUAAUUGGCUAAAACUGAAGAAAGACUACAUGGACAGUAUUGGGGACUCUGUGGAUCUUGUACCAAUUGCUGCUUUCCAUGGACGUGGCAAACGCACAGGCGUCUUUGGUGCAUUUUUGCUAGCUUGCUACGAUGCUAAUAAGGAAGAGUUCCAGAGCAUCUGUAAAAUAGGCACUGGGUUUUCUGAAGCCGUUCUUGAAGAGCGGUCUACAAGUCUUCGCUCUAGAGUGAUUGCUACUCCAAAACAAUACUACCGAGUUGGAGAUAGCCUCAAUCCAGAUGUUUGGUUCGAGCCCACUGAGGUCUGGGAAGUAAAGGCAGCUGACUUGACAAUUAGCCCUGUACAUCGUGCAGCUACCGGCAUUGUUGACCCUGAUAAGGGGAUUUCUCUACGCUUUCCUCGUUUACUCCGUGUACGAGAAGACAAGAAGCCAGAGGAUGCAACAUCAUCAGAACAGAUUGCUGAUAUGUACCAAGCUCAGAAACACAACCAUCCAAGCAAUGAUGCCAAAGGUGAAGACGAUUGAACAACUGUAAUCUGGUCUUCAAGCAUAUUUCCCUUGAACGCACAUCGUGUGUUUGAGUUCACAACCUUCAACUGCUUAUGAAAAGACAUUUGUAGGAAAAAAAUUAAUGUGAGCUUCUGAUUCAUGGAUACGAUAUAAGCACAUUAUGAGAUGCUAGGGAUAGAAAUCAAGUGUGCAAAUAACUUUUGUACAUUCAUCAACAACGCAUCGUUCCACCACCACACUCCUGAAGUGACUCUGGGAUGAGGUAAAUCUUGCUCCGUUUGACAUCACUGAGAUGUCCAUGAUGCGCCAAGCUCUGGAAUAUGUUUACGUUAGAAACAUUAUACUUAUAGCAAGCAAAAUCUUGAAACUUCCUUAUAUGUAUAAAUCCAACUUAUCUCAGCGAAGGACUAAAACAGGUAAAAGAUACAUUUAACCCAAAAAAUAAAACAAACAAUUUUCUCAUAUAGUUUUUAUCAUAAAAAUAGUACUAAAAAAAUAAAGUGAUCAAAAUAAUUUUUUUUUUAUUUUGAAAUUUUUAAUAUUUAUUGUUUUUUAUUUUUAAGAAUUUGAAUUCAUUUUCAAAAUUCAACCCAUUCAUUCUAAACAAAUCUUAGAUUAGUUAAUAUUUACCGUUCAAUAAAAUUUAUUUUGUUCAGUUUUUUAUUUAAAAGUCUAUUUUUUUUGAAAAUAAACUAAAAAGAUUUAUUUAAAAGAAUUUUGAUUAAAGAAGCCCAACAAUAUUUUUCGUCGAACAAGCCCAAUAAAACUUUGAUUGGUCAAACAAGCCCAAUAAACUCUAAUACCUCUAAGCGCACCAUACGUGGUUUUCUUCUUUUCCACUUUCUCUCUCUCGAGUGAAAGUGAAACUGAAACGCCUUUACAAAAAUUCUGCCUGCAUCUCUGGUCUGGUCUGGUGAAGAGCAUCGAUAACUAACUAGCCGUAGUUUGUGUUUCGUCGGGAGGAAAAGCAAAUGGAUCCCGCCAGGGUGAAUUCUCCAAGCACUUGUACAGUAACCCUUGAGGUUUUGGGGCACAAAUUAAAUUUUGCUCAGGAUCCAAACUCCAAGCAUCUAGGAACAACCGUGUGGGAUGCAUCCAUGGUGUUUGCCAAAUAUCUGG